AUUCCCGGAUUCAAGGAUUCCAGGAUUCCAGUAUUCCAGGAUUCCAGGAUUCCAGGAUUCCAGGAUUCCAGGAUUCCAGGAUUUCAGGAUUCCAGGAUUUCAGGAUUUCAGGAUUCCAGGAUUCAAGGAUUCCAGGAUUCCAGUAUUCCAGGAUUCCAGGAUUCCAGGAUUCCAGGAUUCCAGGAUUCCAGGAUUUCAGGAUUCCAGGAUUCCAGGAUUCCAGGAUUCCAGGAUUCCAGGAUUCCAGGAUUUCAGGAUUCCAGGAUUCCAGGAUUUCAGGAUUCCAGGAUUCCAGGAUUUCAGGAUUCCAAGAUUCCAGAAUUCCAGGAUUCCAGGAUUUCAGGAUUCCAGGAUUCCAGGAUUCCAGGAUUCCAGGAUUCCAGGAUUCCAGGAUUUCAGGAUUCCAGGAUUUCAGGAUUUCAGGAUUCCAGGAUUCAAGGAUUCCAGGAUUCCAGUAUUCCAGGAUUCCAGGAUUCCAGGAUUCCAGGAUUCCAGGAUUCCAGGAUUUCAGGAUUCCAGGAUUCCAGGAUUCCAGGAUUCCAGGAUUCCAGGAUUUCAGGAUUCCAGGAUUCCAGGAUUUCAGGAUUCCAGGAUUUCAGGGUUCCAGGAUUCCCGGAUUCAAGGAUUCCAGGAUUCCAGUAUUCCAGGAUUCCAGGAUUCCAGGAUUCCAGGAUUCCAGGAUUCCAGGAUUUCAGGAUUCCAGGAUUUCAGGAUUUCAGGAUUCCAGGAUUCAAGGAUUCCAGGAUUCCAGUAUUCCAGGAUUCCAGGAUUCCAGGAUUCCAGGAUUCCAGGAUUCCAGGAUUUCAGGAUUCCAGGAUUCCAGGAUUCCAGGAUUCCAGGAUUCCAGGAUUCCAGGAUUUCAGGAUUCCAGGAUUCCAGGAUUUCAGGAUUCCAGGAUUCCAGGAUUUCAGGAUUCCAGGAUUCCAGAAUUCCAGGAUUCCAGGAUUUCAGGAUUCCAGGAUUCCAGGAUUCCAGGAUUCCAGGAUUCCAGGAUUCCAGGAUUUCAGGAUUCCAGGAUUUCAGGAUUUCAGGAUUCCAGGAUUCCAGGAUUUCAGGAUUCCAGGAUUUCAGGGUUCCAGGAUUCCCGGAUUCAAGGAUUCCAGGAUUCCAGUAUUCCAGGAUUCCAGGAUUCCAGGAUUCCAGGAUUCCAGGAUUCCAGGAUUCCAGGAUUUCAGGAUUCCAGGAUUUCAGGAUUUCAGGAUUCCAGGAUUCAAGGAUUCCAGGAUUCCAGGAUUCCAGGAUUUCAGGAUUCCAGGAUUCCAGAAUUCCAGGAUUCCAGGAUUUCAGGAUUCCAGGAUUCCAGGAUUCCAGGAUUCCAGGAUUCCAGGAUUCAGGAUUCCAGGAUUCCAAGAUUUCAGGAUUCCAGGAUUCCAGGAUUCCAUGAUUCCAGGAUUCCAGAAUUCCGAGAUUCUGAAAUUUCGAAAUUAG